CUUCACACCACACCACAUCUGUCCCUUCCUAGUCGCAUUUCCUCAACAGUCCCCUUCAUCCUUCGUUGAUGGCGAGCGAGGAGAUAACGGCCUCUGCCCCUGCUGGCGGCAGUAGUGCCCCGCCUCCACCGCAAGCAGGGGGAGCAUUGGACAAUCGAAGGUCCACUGCCAUCUCAGCCCAAGACGAGGAGCAGGCCUCACCCGCCCCCAACCAGGCUGCCGAUAGCAGCAUAAUGGGCGAUGAAGAAGACGAAGAGAUCGACCAGCUCGAAGACGAUGACGAAGCUGGCCCCUCGGCCUCUGCCAAUGCUUCAGCAGCUAAAGGAAAACCAAUAGCACGCAGGGCAGAUGGAUCAAUACCUUCUGUCUUGCGCCCGGCUGGUGCCAACACGGCUUCCAGCUCUGCGAUCCGAGCUCAGCCUAGCACCAUUGAUAGAGAUGACUACAUCGAGCAGAUCAACUACACAGAAGAGGAGAUGGCGGCUUUCAAGGUUGAUGAGACGAUCCCUGACAAUGUGAACCCUGGAUCAGCCAAUCUGUACACGAAUGCGUCUGGGGAGAAGCUCUUCCGGAAUACACCCAUCAAGAAGAAUGAUGGAGGGACCAUCCUACGAUCCGAUCUUCAACAUGCUCUGCUCCUCGAGAUCUUCGACGAUACCACUCGCUGCUUCCGCAACCCUCGUCCUGCUCCCGAAGGCGCAUGGACCUACCCGCCUAAGCCAGGAGAGGCUGCUGCUACAGGAGUGUACGAGUACUCGCCAAUGUAUCCCUAUGGACAAUCGAAGGGAGCUGCUCGACGGAGCAAUGAGACUCCAGAGGAGUACGCUGCCUGGGAGAAGCGGUAUCAGGAGUUCUGGAAGAACCCUUACCCUACGCCAGAGGAAGAUCCCGAGAGGAAGGUACCACGCCCCGGACAUCGAAUGCUUACGUUCAAGGAGCUCUACAUGGAGGCGCUGAUGAAUUCGCCAAGGUGUACCAAGGCUGUGAGGGACAAGAUUUGGCAGGAUGAGGAGUAUGCCCAAGACUUUCUGUGUGUGAACUUGCUCAUCAAUAUCGGUAGGAUGAACACGACUUUGGCUUUCUUCGCACAGAUGCAGACCAUUCUGCGAUGCUAUCAUCCUCUGCCAUCCUUGCAAAGGUGUGAGAAUUCUCGCAAGCACAUGCAAGAUGCUCCUCGAAUGAAGUCCCUCCUCAAGUCGGUCCUUCUUCCCUUCGAGAAGGCUUCUACUGGACCUGGAUCCGCUCCAGCCUCCAAGGCUGCGCAAGCAGCAAACAUCGAUGUGGCCAUCCCUGAAUCGGAGCAAAUUGAGCUAGCAGGUACUAUGGAAGAGGUUGUACAGCGUUUCAGAGAUGGUCGCGUCCCCUCUACAAGCGUAGUCAACCUGAUCUUCUUGUUUCAACAAGAGGCUCCGCAUCUGUCUACGCUACAUUUCAGCCAGCCACACGACAUGUUCUCCAUAUUCUUCCCUCACAAAGACUACCCGAUCCCAGCAAGACAGAGAGCCAGGGCUUUCCUGUGGAUCGUCUGGCAUUACCUCGAAGGCGGAGCAGUCCUACCCCCUGGCAAUGAAAAGGCAGUUCAGAAUCCUUUCGCAGACGAACAAGCUGCUGCGUCUAUGCAGCGAGCCCGCAGUAAGUGGGACUCGCUCGAUGAGGCCCAAAGGAAGAAGUGUACACUCGGCGGCCGAGGCACCAUCUGGCAAGGCGUAAGAAACAAGGACGUUGCCGAGAAGACGGCUACCAUCAGCAGUGCUACGGAUCUCUUCUCGAAAGAAGGAGCGGGCGGCGAUGUUGCCGCCUCUCAGCCAGCCACGUCCAAGGCAGCCUCGCCUUCGCCCGGUCCCGGUGCCGGUCCUGCCGACGUCCUCGACACCGAGAAGAACGAGCCCUACACACAUCGUAUCCUGGCUCCCGCCUUCUCGGGCACGACGCUCGAGGAGAUUCGAAAGGAGAAUGUGGACCUACCAAACGAAAUCGAGUGGGGACGUACACAGGCUCACGAAAGGCGAGUCUUUAUGGUGCGCGCUGCCCUCGAAGAAAAGGAGAAAGCCGAAGCCGAGGCUCGUGGCGAGCCUAUACCCGCCCACCUUGGCGGUAAAGGCAAGGGCAAAGGAAAGAGGAGGAGCAGAGGUGGAGCAGCGGCUGCAGCGGCUGCUUCUGCUGCUGCCGAGGAUGCGCGAGCCAGAAUCAAGAUGAGGGCUGCUGCGAAGCGUAGGCUGGAGGAGGAAGAGUCUGCCGCCAGCGGUGGUGGGAAGAACAGGAGAAUCUCGAUGUCGCCCUCGGGCGUGGAUGACGAGCUGAUGCAAACCAUCGGAGACUACGACGAUGAUGACGAUGACGGUCCAACGGCAGCAGGAGGCAUGGGCGCAGGCGCAGGCGCGAGGGGAAGCAGCGCCGGCAGCCCCUUUACGAUGCUUGGCGAUCGUGGCAUGGGAAUUCCUUCCGUCUUCUCUGGCGCAACCAUCAACAGCGUGAUGCCCAACUUCCGCCGUGCCCUCAACGAAUCCGACCUCACCCUCUUCAAUCCCUCCAACGCCGCCGCAAUGGGAGCCAACGGAGAGCAGAACCAUCUCUCUCGCCUAGCCUGGAAUCGUAUCCUACAACGCGCCGUAAGAGGUCAAGGAGACGCAUGCUAUGAUUCAGAUGAAGAAGAGGCGGCCAUGGACGAGAGGGAGAGAUGUGGUGAAAUGUUUGGAGGUGAGCUGGGUAGGAUUUUGGGCUGUGUUUGGAAAGAAGGAAGGAGGAUUGGUACCAGGCCUGCUUUGCCAGAAGGAGGAGGGGCAGCAGGAGGUGGUGGAGGCGAGGCUAAGCCGAGGGCGGUACCUGAUCCGUACGCGAGAAGUGCAGAGGUCGUCUCUCAGCAGUGAUGGUGGCUACACUGUCUCAUGUAGAAAGAUUUCGACAAUGUCAUACAGUCGCUGGAGGAGCCAGAGCCAAUCGAAGAGACAAAAGAUAGAUGAAGGUGACGCUGACUGGAGUGGUUCUACUAUGUACAUGCUCGACGAUCAUCAACGACCUUUGCUUCAUUUGAGAACUCCGGCUCUUCCUGGACUCGAUCGUGGUAAGGUAGUAUCGUGUUUGAUUCGUGCGUUUCGGCUCGGUCCGACUCGACUUGGUAGGGUAUAGUAUCACUUUGCUUUCCCCUUGUCCUUCUUCGUGCUCUUUCCCUCCUCACCUUCCUCAGGAUCAUCAUCGUCAUCUUCCUGACCACCGCCGGCAUCACCACCACUACCACUUCUCUUCGACUUCUUCUGAUCCUUAAUGGUCUGCUUC